AUGACAACCUCAUGGGUCAAAUGCUGUUUCGAGAGGGGCCGGUUGGGCCAAAGGCACCGAAAAGGAACCAAACAACUCGACGAGCGCUACGGAGACAUAGCAAUUAGCGGGCCCAUGGACGGAGGCUGGAACCAAGUACCAUCUUAUCCCUCCGAAAAACGCUCAACGUCCGUCCCACUAUCGCGCAACAGCAGCUCAAAACGCAAGAAGGAGCAACGUCUGGGCGUUGGUCACUUUCAUUUCAAGGCGCAUUCGGGCACGCAACCAUUUAUCCGCACUGAAGACACUGACUAUGACGAGCGGGCAAGACGAUCGCAUGACAAGCCACCAGAUUUCGUGUACAAACCGGCCAGUGAGGCGUUUUUUAAAGAUAUGGCAGAAAUCGGCCGGUCCAAGUACCCUCCUCCUUCGGCAUCGAUUGUCGAUAAACACCAACGGCAAAUAUCUGUGCAGAGUACCAGCUCUCUCGAACCGACUUCCCCCGCAGAUAUCCCUUGCCAUCCUUCGUAUCAAAGGAACAUGCAAGCCAGCCGUGGUCUAUCUCCACCCGGACUCUCGACGAACAUUUUUCAUAAAUCGCCCGUGCACACACAGUAUGCGCGAGAAUGCAGCCCUGCUUUGUCGCAUCGAUCGAUAUUCGAUGACCACGCUUACGAUACGAAUGAAGAGGAGCCGGAAAAGCAAGUCCAGAGCCCGCAGCUGUCAAUGCCAAAGACCAAGCAAAAGAAAUCAAAACGAGUCGUCACGGAGGAACUGGUGCCGUCCACGACAGAACUUUUCGGGUGA